CCCAGCCCCAAGCUGCUGAUCCUGGCCAAGGCCCCAGGCUCACCCCCCGCAUGCAGAUCCUGCAGCGCAAGGACACCUGGACACCCAAGAUCAAGCCUGUGUGUCCCCUGAAGGCUGCCAUCGAUCGGCUGGACACACAAGAGGUAGAAAUGCGUAUGCAGCUGGCAGAAUUGCAGCGGCGCUACAAGGAGAAGCAGCGGGAGCUGGUGCGCCUGCAGCGCAGGCAUGAUCACGAGAGAGAAGAGAGUUCACGGAGCCCUGCCCGGCGAGGGCCUGGCCGGCCAAGGAAGCGUAAGCAUUCCAGCUCGCUGCCCACUCUGCGUCCUGGGGGCCAGCUUGCCAGGAGUGAUGGCAAAAAAGCCAAGGCAGUGCGGGCCAGCCUGAGUCUGCUGUGUGCUGAGCUGCGAGGCGAUGAGCCCACAAGGAAACGGAGCAAGCUAGAGAAGAGUGUCUACACGGGCUUGCAGACAGCCUCCACAGAGAAAGUACAGUGCAAGAAGAGCAGUGGCCAGAGUGAGCUGGCGUCCUCAGUGGCCCACAAGGUGGCCCAGCUGAAGCCAAAGGUCAAGAGCAAGGGGCUCUCUGCUGGCCUCAGUCCCUUCCAGCGGAAGGAGGCUGCCCCGGGUGGCCGCAUCCGGAAGAAGCUGUCACGAGCCAAGAGCACUAAGGUAUCUGCGGCAGCCCGGCACCCACAGCCCGACGGGGAUGGUGGCAGGGAGAUGUCCAAGUUCCCAGCCCAACCAGCGGUGGCCAUGGCACAUGAGGCAGGCAGCGACUAUGACAGUGAGGACUGCCAGGCUCUCCUGGGGACAGAAGCAGCUCCCAAGGAGCCCGGACUGGUGUUGCACCCAGGGGCCAGCAUAGCUGUGCUGGGACCCUCACCCUCCUCCGUGGUCAAGAUGGAAGCCAACCAGAAAGCCAAGAAGAAGAAGGAGAGGCAGGGCUUGCUAGGGACCUGCCACCUGUCCAGCCCUGAGAGUGAGGUCAAGAUCAAGAGGCGGACAGUGAAGGCCAAGGUGGGUGCCAAGCUAGAGCGGCCCCCAGGGCGGCGACCUCUAGGUGCACCAGGCAAGAAGAAAGUCAAGGGCAAGGCCAGAGGCAGCCUGCGUGCAGAGCCAGGGGCUGCUGCCAGUAGGGACACCCUCUUCAGCCCCACCCGGGCCUUUACCUGCCGGGAGGAAGGCAGCAAACUAGCCAGCGAACGCCUCAAGAGAGCCACACGCAAAAGCACCAUGCUGCAGCCAGUGCUACGGAGGAAGAACGGGGCCCUGUCCAUUGCUCUGUCAGCCCGCAAUGCCAAGGCCAUCCUGGGGAAGGGCAGAAAGGUGGGCAAGGUGAAAAGCAAGAUGGUCAGCAAGCAGGGCCAGGGCCGGGCCGUGAGCCGGCUGCUGGAGAGCUUUGCUGUGGAAGACGACUUUGAGUUUGAUGAUGACAGCAGCUUCUCCGAAGAGGAUGAGGAGGAGGCCAGUGGCCAGCUAAGCGCAGAACAGAGCGCAGCCCUGGCACGCUCCUGCACCAUCCACAAGGAAGACCUGCACGACGGACUGCCGGUGCUCAUCCCCAAAGAGGACAGCCUGCUAUACGCAGGCAGCGUCAGGACUCUGCAGCCCCCUGACAUCUACAGCAUCGUCAUUGAGGGCGAGAGAGGUAACCGACAGCGGAUCUACUCUCUGGAGCAGCUGCUGCAGGAAGCGGUGAGGAAGACCCCUGCCCUGCAGGGGAGGUGGGCUUGGCAGCUUUGCCCCAGCCCUGCAGCGAGCCCCCAUGGACAGGCCCUACCUGCUCACAGGCCACUGCCCUGCCACUCAUUGCAGGUUCUUGAUGUCCAGCCACAAUCCAGCAGGCACCUUCCACCAGGCACCAGGGUCUGUGCCUACUGGAGCCAGAAGUCUCGUUGCCUGUACCCGGGCAAUGUGGUCCGAGGCACCUCCAGUGAUGAAGAAGAAGACCUGGACUCGGUGGUGGUGGAGUUUGAUGAUGGGGACACGGGCCAUAUCGCCGUCUCUAACAUCAGACUGCUGCCUCCAGACUUCAAGAUCCAGUGUACAGAGCCCUCUCCAGCCCUACUGGUGUCCAGCAGCUGCCGGAGGACCAAGAAAGCAUCCAGUGAAGCGCCCCCUCCCAGUGAGGUCCCCACUCCCAGCCUGUCCCCUAAAGUGCAGGAUGGCCCCGAAGCUUCCAAGACUCCCGGGAAGAAAUCCAUCAGCAAAGACAAAGCUGGCAAAGCCGACCUCCUAACCUCAGGUGCCAAGUCCCCCACAGGGGCCUCAGACCACUUCCUAAGCCGUCGAGGCAGCCCCCUGCUGAGCUGGUCAGCAGUGGCCCAGACCAAACGGAAAGCGGUGGCUGCUGCAGCAGGCAGCAAAGGGCCGGGGGUGCUGCAGAACCUGUUCCAACUCAACGGCAGCUGCAAGAAGCUGAGGACCCGCGAGGCCCUGUUCCCCGUGCACAGCGUGGCCACCCCUGUGUUCGGCAAUGGUUUCCGUGCCGAUUCCUUCAGCAGCCUGGCCAGUUCCUACGCACCCUUUGUUGGCGGGGCCGGGUCUGGGCUGCCCGGAGGAGCCCACAAGCUGCUACGGGCCAAGAAGCCUGAGCGGGCCGAGGCUGAGAAGGGUGGGAGGCGGAGGGCAGGUGGCGAGUUCCUGGUCAAGCUGGACCAUGAGGGCGUGACCUCCCCCAAGAACAAGAACUGUAAGGCACUGCUCAUGGGUGACAAGGACUUUGGCCCCAAGCUGGGGCGGGCCCUGCCCAGCCCUAGCUAUGCACACCCGGCUCUUGUGGGCAAGGACAAGAAGGGACGAGCACCCGUCCACCCGCUGCCCAUGGGACUAGCACUGCGCAAAUACGCAGGCCAAGCUGAGUACCCACUGCCCUGUGACAGUGAUUGCCCCAGCUCCUACUCAGAUGAGGACGAGGACGCGCCAGGGCUGGCCGCUGGCGUGCCCUCCCGCUUCCUCACUCGCCUGUCCAUGUCCUCCUCCUCGUCCGGCUCAUCCACCUCCUCCUCCUCAGGCUCCAUGUCCACCUCCAGCCUCUGCUCCUCAGACAAUGAGGACUCUUCUUACAGCUCAGACGACGAGGACCCAGCCCUGCUGCUGCAGACCUGUCUUACCCGCCCCGUGCCCGCCCUCCUAGCUCCGCCUGAAGCCCUGCGCUCCAAGGGGGGUGGCCCCCACUCCCACACCCAGCGCUGCUUCCUGUCCAGGGCUGCAGUGGCCGGCGCAGGUGCGGGUGCUGGCCCUAGCGGCAGCAAAUCCAAGCUCAAACGCAAGGAGGCCCUGACCUUCUCCAAAGCCAAAGAGCUUUCACGGAGGCAGCGGCUGCCCUCCGUGGAAAACCGGCCAAAGAUCUCAGCCUUCCUGCCUGCCCGGCAGCUGUGGAAGUGGUCGGGGAACCCCACACAGAGGCGGGGCAUGAAGGGGAAGGCGAGGAAGCUGUUCUACAAGGCCAUCGUCCGGGGCAAGGAGACUCUGUGUAUCGGGGACUGCGCGGUCUUCCUGUCAGCUGGGCGGCCCAACCUGCCCUACAUUGGCCGUAUCGAGAGCAUGUGGGAGUCAUGGGGCAGCAAUAUGGUGGUGAAGGUCAAGUGGUUCUACCACCCUGAGGAGACCAAGCUGGGGAAGCGGCAAAGCGACGGGAAGAAUGCACUCUACCAGUCGUGCCACGAAGACGAGAAUGACGUACAGACCAUCUCCCACAAGUGCCAGGUCGUGGGGCGGGACCAGUUUGAGCAAAUGACUCGGAACAGCAAGUACCAGGACAGACAAGACCUCUACUACCUGGCAGGCACCUAUGACCCCACCACUGGGCGCCUGGUGACAGCUGACGGUGUGCCCAUCCUGUGCUGAGUUGCUCUCAUUUGCCCACCUCCUGCCUGCCCCGGCCACCUGUGGAGCCAUGAGGUCAGCGAAGCCAGGACAGGUCAGAGCAGAUAUGCAAACCCACCAAGGUGAGAUCAGGCUUCUCUGUGAUGUUCCCUGGAAAAAGAGCUCUUAAGCGUGGACCCCAGGCCCAUCUUCUCUGCUAUGGGAGAGCUAGAUGGGCCCCCACCCCCGCGGGGACGUGGUCACUCUAUUUUCCCCGCACUGCAGUUCUCGAGAGAUUAGAAUCCAAGCCAUAUUUCCCUAGUACCUCCGACUGUCUCCCACCAGGGAAAGCAGAAAUCAGGUGUGUUGUCUAUUUAUUUCUCUCUGUAAAUAUUGUAUUUCUGCGGGGAAGUUUUACUGAAAGAAAGUGGAAAAGAAGUUUUCCCCACUGUGUGAUGAGUGUGAGUGUGUGUGUGUAUGUGUGUGUACAUGCACACACGUGCAUGUAUGUAGGAAUUUUGUUCUGGAGUUUUCUUUGGAAAUGCACUGUUCUCAGCAUAGCUGAGUUCCGAUGGGGGCAUCUGUGACCACAGAGGCUGCUGGGGCAGGGGCGUGGCCAAUGCCACAUCAGAUGGGACCUUUGUCAUGCUCUCCAAUCUCUUGGGGGCCGACUGCAUAAGGUAGAAUUCACCCUUGAGUGUAUUUCCUUUUAAUGCCUCUAGAUAGGACUGGGGGUAUAGCUCAAGCGGGAGAGCACCUGCUUUGCAAGUGUGAAGCCCUAAGUUCAAACCCCAGUCCCUUAAA